AUGGUUGCCCUAAAGUCCUUUGUUGUCCCACGCUACAUUUACCGUCAGCCCAGUAGGUUAAGGAAGAAGCAGUUAGUAGUGUUUUGCGAUGCGUCUGAGGAAGCAUGCGCCGCAGCCGCCUACGUGCGCGCAACGUCGACAGUCGGGGAAGUCACGUGUUAUCUAGUCAUCGCAAAAACGCGCCUCAUGCCGUUGAAGCCGAUCUCAAUCCCGAGAGGGGAGCUAAUGGCGUGUCAGCUAGCCGUACGACUCGCCAAGACCGCUUGUGUACAGCUCAGUUUGAGUAUGCGAGAGGUGAUCUACCUUUCGGACUCCACUACCGCACUGUGGUGGAUUCGUGGCGAGCCGAGGAAUUUCAAGCCGUUUGUCGCCAACCGUGUAGCUGAGAUCUUGACAGAGAGUGACCCCAUCCAGUGGCACCACGUACGAACGGAGAUGAACAUCGCCGAUGUGGCCACAAGAGGAGCCUCCGCAGGCGACAUACAAGCCCACACAACUUGGAUUGAAGGACCGGAGUUCCUGAGGUUACCAGUGCACGCUUGGCCGAUAUAUGACGUUCAAACCACUGCACCGCCGUCGGAAAAGUCUGAGAUGCGAAAGAAGGUCCUGAGAGUGCAGCAAGAAGCAGACGCCCCUUUGAUCGACCCUGCUACGUUUUCCAGUUGGUUAAAGCUGCGCCGAGUUACGGCCUGGAUCCUGCGUUUCCUGUAUAACCUGCGCAACCGAGAUAAGCCCAGGUCGGGAGCACUAAGCAUUGAAGAGUCGAAGACAGAGGAGCUGUGCUGGAUCAAGUGGGCACAGAGAGACAGGUUCGCCAGAAAAAUUGAGUCGUUGGAGAAGGGACAGCCAGUUCCUCGAGCAAGUCGCAUUGCAAACCUCGACCCACAGCUUGUAGAUGGAGUUCUCCGCGUCGGAGGGAGGAUAGACCGGGCCGACAUACCAUGGGAAACGAAGCACCCGAUACUCCUCGACCACGGACAGGACGUCACACGCCUGAUAGUGACCUAG